AGGAAACCCAUACCCGGCUCCCGGAAGUGACAUCAUCGCAAGGCGCCGGGGCUAAGAAAGGGAAUUUAGGGAGGAGAUUCUCUUCCCCUGCCCUAUAAGGGGUUUUCCCAUGAUUCUUUCUUUCUCUUCGCCAUCUUUCCUCCGGCCGGGCGGCAGCUCUCAUCAUGAAGGUCGAGCUGUGCAGUUUCAGUGGGUACAAGAUCUACCCCGGACACGGACGGCGUUACGCCAGGACCGACGGAAAGGUUUUCCAGUUUCUUAAUGCAAAAUGCGAGUCCGCGUUCCUGUCCAAAAGGAAUCCCCGGCAGAUAAACUGGACUGUCCUGUACAGAAGGAAACACAAAAAAGGACAGUCGGAAGAAAUUCAAAAGAAAAGAACCCGCCGUGCAGUCAAAUUCCAGCGGGCCAUCACUGGUGCAUCCCUUGCUGAUAUAAUGGCCAAGAGGAACCAAAAACCAGAAGUUAGGAAAGCCCAGCGAGAGCAGGCCAUCAGGGCCGCCAAGGAAGCAAAAAAGGCUAAACAGGCAUCCAAGAAGACUGCAAUGGCUGCUGCCAAGGCCCCUACAAAAGCAGCACCUAAACAAAAGAUUGUGAAGCCUGUGAAGGUCUCUGCUCCCCGAGUUGGUGGAAAACGCUAACUUGGUAGUUCAUAGAUCAAAGUUUUGAAUAAAGUCUAUUUCAAACUCUA